AAGCACCUGUGUUGUAACCCGGACACAACAACAACAACAAUAAAAAAUCAUGAUCAGUCGGACGCCUGACAACAACAACAAAUCAACAUGUCAUUUGACCCUCAAGAUCAUCAGCAUUUACGUUACAAUCCAUUGCGUGAUGAUUGGGUAUUGGUAUGCCCUCACAGAAUGAAGAGACCCUGGGCAGGUCAUGUUGAGAAACCUGAGGAGGAAGAUAUACCGAGACAUGACCUCAAAAACCCUCUGUGUCCUGGAAAUACUAGACCAAAUGGGAAGGUAAAUCCAGACUAUGAGAGCACAUACCUGUUUACCAAUGAUUUCCCAGCUCUGUUAGAGGAAGGCCCUGUCCCAGAUGAAAGUGAUGACCCAUUAUUUCGAUGCAGCGAGGCUAAGGGGACGUGCCAGGUGAUGUGUUUCCAUCCUUGGUCUGAUAUAACGUUACCAAGAAUGUCAGUGUCGGAUAUACGAGAAGUUGUUGACAAAUGGGCAGAAAUAAAUGUUGAUCUUGGAAAAAAAUAUUCUUGGGUACAGAUAUUUGAGAACCGAGGGGCAAUUAUGGGAUGUUCUAAUCCCCACCCACAUUGUCAGGUUUGGGCAAGCUCGUUUCUCCCAAAUGAACCAUCAGUAAAACACCGAACACAGCGAGACUAUUUCAGCAAGUAUAAGUCUCCAAUGUUGAUUGACUACGUCAACAAAGAACUGCAGAAAAAGGAACGUGUGAUCCUAGAGAAUGAACAUUGGGUAUGGCUGGUUCCAUACUGGGCAGUGUGGCCGUAUGAAACAAUGCUGCUUCCAAAAUCUCAUGUUCUACGUUUAGAGGAUCUCACCGAAUCUCAAAGAAAUGACCUGGCGGAUAUCAUGAAACGCCUGUUGAUCAAAUAUGACAAUCUGUUUGAAGUGUCCUUCCCUUAUUCAAUGGGGUGGCAUGGUGCUCCGACAGGAAGUUACCAUCAUGAGGACUGUAGUCAUUGGCAACUACAUGCAGUGUAUUACCCACCGCUACUGAGAUCAGCGACUGUCCGGAAAUUUAUGGUCGGUUACGAAAUGUUAGCUACAUCACAGCGUGAUCUUACACCAGAAAUGGCAGCAAUAAAGCUGAAGGAGUUACCAGAUAUGCAUUACAAGGACAGAAAAGACCCACCUAGUCAGUGACCCUGAAUACACGACUACAACAGUUACUACAGACAUACAGCCAUGACCCUGUGACAUACAAUUGUUGAGGAGUCUACUAUCUUAUUAUUGUUUAUCACAAUUUUAAUGGCCCACUUGUUAUUGUCUAUCACAAUAUUAAUGGCCUGGUUGCUAUUUUCUUUCACAAUUUUAAUAGCCAAUUCGUUGUUGUCUAUUAAUCAGUCAAAUUUGACAGUAUUAUUGAAAAAAAUGUAUUUCAUUUUACCAUUUUUUAGCUCCGCUAUUUUUUAUCUCAGAGCUAUUCUACUCACCCAGGCGUUGGCGUCACACCUUAAGCUAUUAAAGGCAUAUAGCCUUGAAACUUUUUUGUGCCCGCCCCACCCACAAAAAAAAUUCACAUUAUAAGUGUUGCCAAUGUUCGUCCGAGCUUACAUUUGCAUACUUAAGUGGCUAUAGGAACAAUAGGUAACUGUACUUUUUUCUUUGAUGUCUAUGUGCCUAGUUUUCUUUACAUGGCUAAAAGGAACAAUAGAGAGAACAAAAGAGUAGCCACAUCAAUACCCAUAUGUAGGAACUUCCAUCCUUCUGUCCGUCCGAAUUUGUAUCAUUCAUAUCUCAAAAAGUAUUUGACCCAGUAUUAUGAAACAUUACACAAGUAUUUAGUAUGUGAAAUUGUGCAGCUGGGGUUUUGUUGGAGAUAUCACCCACUCAGACCGGACUAAUGGCCCUUGACUUAGUAAAAAAAUAUGCAUGAAAAGGCAUAAAAGUUGUCGCACAUAUCUAGAAAAGUAUAUUACAUUCAUAAUUUUAACAUGUCCAAAACAUUGCGAAAUAAUAUUAAUUUCACUUGGGUAUUGAUUACAUUUUACUCGGACUUUAACAUAGACUCCCUGUGUAAAAUUUCAAACUUAUUGUAUUGUGAUGUCAUGAUAAAGUUAAUAGGGUCAUGAGAUGUCAAAGGAAUAUUAUUCAGUAUGUAAAGUUGUGCACAUGGGACAAUUUUCUGGAAUUUUUGAUCAGUCAGAUCAGAGAUAUGGCCCAUGAUUAAAAAUAUGCAUAAAUGGGAUACAAGUUUGUGUCUGUUGUAUCUCAAAAAGUAUUUGACUUUAGAGUCAUAAAACAUUAGGGGAUUGUUAUAUAGCAUGUGAAGUUGUGCACCUGGUGUACUGUUUGGGAUUUCACUUGGCCAGAUUGGAGUUAUGGUCCUUGACUGUAUGAAAACUACACAAAGUGCUUGUGUUGCAUAGAUCUUAAAAAAAUUCUCCUAGUCAUGAAAUCAUGUAGGAAUAUUAUCCAGCUUGUGAAUAUGUGCACCUAUUUUUUUUUCAAUUUGCUUGACCCUUGACUUAGUCAAAAUAUAAAAGUUUGUGCUGCAUGAAUGUCAAAAUGCACUUGACCUAGUCGGGGCCUCCGUGGCCGAGUAGUUAAGGUUGCUGACUUCAAAUCACUUGCCCCUCAUCGAUGUCGGUUCGAGCCUCACUUGGGGCGUUGAAUUCUUCAUGCGAGGAAGCUAUCCAGCUGGCUUACGGAAGGUCGGUGGUUCUACCCAGGUGCCCGCUUGUGAUGAAAUAAUGCACGUAGGGGCACCUGGGGUCUUCCUCCACCAUCAAAGCUGGAAAGUCGCCAUAUGACCCGAAUUGUGUCGGUGCGAUGUUAAACCCAACAAAUCAAGUCAUACUUGACCUAGUCAUUAAACAUUAAUGAGUUGUUUUAUAGCCUAUGGAGUUUUGUAUCAGGUGCUGUCUUUGGGACUUUACAUGGCUAGGCCAGAGUUUUGGCCCUUUACUAAGUGAAAAUUAAGUUUGUGUUGCAAACAUCUUAAAAAAUAUUAAACCUCGAGUCAUAAAACCAUGUACAGUGACAGGAGUGGGGGCGCCUGUGUCUUAUGUACACACAUCUAGUUUUUUUCUAGAUCAAUUACCAAUCUCACUGGAUCAAGUCCCAUAACUCUGACAUGUGUUUUGGCCAAACUAUGCCCACUUUUGGACUGAGAAAAUCCUGGUUAAAGUUUUGCAUGCAAGUUUCUAUCUCAAAAACUAAUGUAAAUAUUGAACUGAAACUUCACACAUUUCUUGAUAAAACUAGGUCAAAGCAUUUAGUCCCAUCACUCUGACAUGUAUUUUGCAAAAUUAUGUCCCCUUUUGAAACAUUUCUGGUUAAAGUUUUGCAUGCAAGUUACUAUCUCCAAAGCUAAUGCAGAUACAGUUGACAUCGUACUUGCGACCACCUCCAUUAAGCGAUUUUUGUAUUGAACGACCGGUCAGAAUCCCUCCCGAAUGUUUUCAGUACAUAAAUUUAUUCCAUUAAACGACUUUUUUAUUAAACGACCAGCGACCACUUAAAUGGAGUCCCAACAGGUAAAAUAUUUAACAAAAGUAUCUAUUAAGCAACCUGGUACCAAAUUCCUGCUGGGUAUUUCUUCACCUGUGUAAUUAGCAAGUACAUUUUGCACCUGCCUGGAUGCAAUUAACCUUUGUAACAGUCGAACUGACAAACAAUCAAGUUAUAAUUUUCAGUUUGUGAAAUUUAUAUACAUAUAUAUAUGCUCAUGAUAUAUACAGUUACAUUAACAGUUAAAAAUAUCUUUUCUCUUCACAUGACUGAAUUUCAUUAAGAGACCACAUUUUAGCAGUCCCUUGGGCGGUCUCUUAAUACAAUGUCACCUGUACUUGAUUGAAACUCUAAAGAUAUUUUGACAUUUAGGAUAAUAUUCCCGCUUCUGGGACAACAGUUCGAAUAGUCGAGCAUUGGCUGACUUAUAGACAGCUGUUGUUUUAUUUAUUUAUAGAGGGUGGACUCAUAGGAGUAUGGAACAACAGCAGUAUUUUUUUAACCAUUUUUCACAAGAGGAAAUCGCUUUCACUUGUACACAGGAGAAUAAAAUGUUGAAUCUCAA